UUUUAAUCAUCCCAUUAACAGUUUCAUCAUUAUACCUUCUAGUUCAAGUGACCAAACAUACUUAAACCCCAUUUCACCCUUUUCUUUACACUCUUUUAUGACCUUUGAGCUCCCAUUUCCCCAUCAAAACCUUAUUUUCUCCAAAAACCAAAUCAAACCCACUUCCAAAAUGAUGUUUUCUACAUGGGUUUUCAAAAUCUUGAUCAUUUUCUUAGUUUGUGUCUUUGGGUCACAAGCCCAAAUCUGUUCUCAAGUUGAUAGGGCAGCCCUUCUUGGGUUCAAAGCAAGAAUCUUGACUGACACUACUGGUAUCUUGUCUUCUUGGACAGGUAAAGAUUGUUGCGGAGGCGGUUGGGAGGGUAUCCAAUGUGAUGGCACAGGGAGGGUGACCCAAGUAUAUUUACAAAGGUCAUUUGAUCAAGAUAGUGCCGGUUACAUGAAGGGUACCCUUUCCCCUACUUUAGGGGACUUAAAGUUCUUGGAGAUUUUGGUGGUUAGUGGUAUGAAGAGGCUUUCGGGUACGAUCCCAUCAAGUUUUUCGGGUCUUUUACGCCUCACACAACUUGGCCUAGAAGAUAAUUCACUUCAAGGAACAAUUCCUAGUAGCUUAGGCCAACUGCCCUUACUUCAAUCGCUUUCGUUAAGUGGCAACCACUUAACCGGCCCCAUCCCGCCCACUUUUGGAAAGUUAAACAACCUUCUUCAGCUAAAUUUAGCGAGAAACUCGCUCUCGGGCCCUCUCCCAUUAUCUUUAGGAAACCCGGCCCGUUUGCAGUAUCUUGAUUUGAGUUACAAUAUGUUAUCAGGCCCAAUUCCAGUCGUUUUGGGCCGGUAUUCGAACAUAAAAUUUCUUGACCUUUCCAAUAACCAAUUCUCAGGCCCAAUACCCAAUUCAUUGUGCAACUUGCACAAGCUUCAAGACUUGUCUUUAAGCAACAACAAGUUGACCGGUCAAUUGCCACCGGAGAUAGGGCGUCUAGCGUCUCUUGCCACCCUCUCUCUCAGUUCCAACCGGCUUGCUGGUCAAAUCCCGACAUCCGUCUCACAAUUACACAACUUAUGGAACCUUAAUCUAUCCAAAAACGCGCUUUCGGAUCCUUUGCCUAAUGACGCCUUGUUUAAGGGUGUCCCUUCUCUAUUGUCUAUAGACUUGUCUUACAACAAGUUCAAUUUAGGCACCAUUCCAAAGUGGAUCACAAGCAGACAGCUGUCAGUUGUCAAUUUGGCAGGGUGUAAUCUAAAAGGGUUGUUACCAAUUUUCACAAAACCAAAUUCACUCAUCUCUGUUGACCUUUCUGAUAACCAUUUCACAGGAGGGAUAUCAACUCUUUUUCAAAGGUUGACUAGCUUACAAAAAGUCAAACUGUCAAACAACCAACUUAGAGGCAAUUUAUCACAAAUCACUAUCCCAAAUGGGCUUGCAGUACUAGACCUCCACUCAAAUCAACUUUCGGGCUCACUAACGGGCCUGCUCAGGUCAGCAGGCGGGUUCUUGGAGACGGUUGACUUGUCAAACAAUCGGAUCACAGGGAGUGUUCCUAGUACAAUCUCGAAACUUGUUCGACUUACAACAUUGGAUGUUUCGAGAAAUUACAUAACGGGUACGAUUCCUCCAAGUUUGGGGAGUUUGUCAAAGUUAAGGUGGCUAGAUAUAUCGGUUAACUCGAUUGGAGGGAAAAUACCAACAAGUUUGUUGGUGGUUAGACAACUAAGGCAUGCUAACUUCAGAGGAAACAAGCUAUGUGGAGAGAUCCCACAAGGAAGACCAUUAAACAUCUUCCCAGCAGCUGCUUAUGCACACAACCUUUGCUUAUGUGGCAAGCCCCUGCCGCCAUGUAAGCGGUUUUAGACCAAGUGGUUGCUCGGGUCUGGCCAGCAGGAUGCUGACUCAUCGUACACGCACUGUUCGACACGAGGGACCUUUUUUUAAUGUUUUUACAUCAAGUUUAGUGGUUUAAGCAUUAUAUUAGAUGGUGUCAUCAUUCCUCUAGAGCAAUAACUUAUGAUAAAGUUGUAGUCUAAUCUUUAAUCUAAUAUGAUUAAUACCAAAUAA